AUGAAAAAAGGUAAGAAAGUAAAAGAACCAAUACGUAAAAGUAUUAGUCCUAUUGAAAAUGACGAGGUCUCUUCUGUCGAGGAAGAAGAAAAUGAAAGUUUGCAGGAGGAUACAGAAGAGGAAACAGAGGAGGAUACAGAAGAGGAAACAGAGGAUACAGGAGAGGAUACAGAAGUCAAACUUAGAAGAGAUCCUAGAUUUGAUAGUUUAUCAGGAAAGUUUAAUGAAGAUUUAUUUGAAAAAUCAUAUUCAUUUUUAGAUGAUUAUAAAAAAUCAGAAAUUGAACUCGUAACCAAUCAAAUGAAAAAAGAAAGUGAUAUCAAGGAGAAAUCUAAAUUACAACUAUUAUUAAAUAAAUUAAAAUCAAAAAUUUCUCACGAACAUAAUCUUAAACGUAAAAAAGAGUUAAAACGUGAAAGAAAAAAGAAAGAAUCGGAACUUGUUGCCCAAGGGAAGAAUCCAUAUUAUUAUAAGAAAUCUGAUGAGAAAAAUCUUGAACUUCUUGAUAAGUUUGAUAAUUUACAAAAGUCGGAUCCUAAAGUAUUAGAAAAAGUAAUAGAAAAACGUAGGAAAAAGAAUGCUUCAAAAGAACAUAAACGUGUACCAUUCAAAAGGAGAAAGGUUACUUAG